AUGAUCACCAGGUUCUUGUUCGGGCCGCGGCCGAUCCAGCUGCUUGAGCUAGGCACUGGGGUGGUGCUUCUGCUCGGCGCAGUCGGGCGCUUGGGUCCCAACGCCAACGCAGCCGUUUGCAGCUCGGCGCUUUUUGCCUGGGGCGUCUCCUUCUUGGCGGCGACGAGGGAAUCGCCGCUGCCGCCGCGCGAAGACUUU